CAGAGCGAUUCACGCCUAGGGAAAGCCGGGGGAUCAGGAAGGCAGAACACAAAGCCGGAGAACUAUGUGUGACUUUGCAGGAAAAGGGUGAAGCAGGUCAUUGCUGAUCAUGGAAGCGCUCGUGUAAACAUUGCAGGCUGAGUGUGCUGGGGGAAAAUCGCCGACACCCGGGAGUUUAACUUAAAAAAAGGUCUAUGCAGCUAAAUAGAGUAAAACUAUGAGCAGAUUUUGGAACCAACUGCUGGCUGGAAGCUCUGAAGUGGAUUGGUGUGAGGGGAAUUACAUGAUCGUCUCCAACAUUGCUGAAUUUUACAACACGAUCAGCAAUGUUCUAUUUUUUGUGUUGCCACCAAUAUGCAUGUACUUAUUCCGGCAGUAUGCAACAUGUUUCAACAGUGGAAUAUAUCUAAUUUGGACUCUGCUUGUUGUUGUAGGUAUAGGUUCAGUUUACUUUCAUGCAACUUUGAGCUUCUUUGGUCAAAUGUUGGAUGAACUUGCAAUUCUUUGGGUUCUAAUGUGUGCCUUGGCCAUGUGGUUCCCCAGACGAUAUUUACCACGGAUCUUUCGACGAGACAGGAGCCGAUUUAAGGCUGCUGUUGGUAUUCUAUCUGGUGUUACCACAUGUCUUGCCUUUGUGAAGCCAGCAAUCAAUAACAUUUCAUUGAUGACACUAGGAAUCCCCUGCACAGCUCUGCUCAUUGCUGAAUUAAAAAGGUGUGAAAAUAUUCGUGUGUACAAGUUGGGUCUCUUAGCAGGGUUUUGGUGGGCACUAGCCCUGCUCUGCUGGAUCAGUGAUAACCUUUUCUGUGAGCUCUGGUCUGCAUUCAACUUUCCGUAUCUACAUUGUGUCUGGCAUAUCUUGAUCUGUCUGGCUGCUUAUCUGGGCUGUGUUUGCUUUGCCUACUUCGAUGCUGUCUCAGAAAUCCCUGAACAGGGCCCAGUCAUCAAGUUCUGGCCCAGUGAGAAGUGGGCCUUCAUUGGUGUUCCUUAUGUUUCUCUGCUUUUUGCAGAAAAUAAGUCUCAACUAAAGGUUACUUAAGAGCACAGUGACC